CCUUGGGGAGGACGGUUGUGCUGCCAGAUCUGAUCUCCUGCGCGCCAGCGUGUUUUGUCGAGCACUCUUCUUGAUGAUGAGGUCUGCCUUGCUAGUGCUGCUGGUGGUGUUUAUCGGGAUCUGGGUGCACCCAUCCGCAGCACAAUGACGAAAGCAGCUGCGCAUUCCGAAGGUGAGAAAGGCGACUGAGCUCAGCAAGCAGCUGAUGUGCAGACAUUCAUAAUCUGUCGUGUCCCUUCCGUGUGAGUGCAGCCGACGGGUAGAGACGACCGUCUAGGUCUUCUCCUCGGAGCGGCUGAGGACUGCGCAGCGCACAUCCGCCGCCACCCCCUCAGGUCACUCGCUAUCGCAUCCGCCAUUGGGGGCGGCAUCUACCUCGCCAAAACCACACCCGUGACUGGCCUGCUGCUCUCGUCGGAGCAUCACUACAGCCUCCUGCCGCCCUCUGGCAGAUACAUAGAGUCCUUCUUGACCAAGGAAGCCAGCAGCAACCGGAGGAAGGGCCGGCUUCCAUCCCGCUCGGCCAUGUCAGAGACGACCACCAUCGAGAUGGGCGAGGGGGAGGACAUGUACCGCCGUGCCACCAGCCUGCUGGAGCGCGGCAACAUUCAGCUGUCCCUUUCUGGCAUGCGGGGGCAGUUGAUCCUGCACAGGGCGGCCAGCAGCAGCAACCACUUGGUGCUGGCUGUGCUGCGACGGAAGGGUUUGGUGUGGCACCUGGACUCAUUUAUCGAGGGGGGUCGUGUCAAGGACAAGGCGGUCAGGGGCGGCAAGAUGACAGGGGUGGGGUUUGUGAGCAACGACGGGGGGGCGGAGCUCGUGGUCAGGGUCAAGUUGAUGGGCGACGGGACGGCCGGGGCGACCGGCGGCAUUCCCAACGUCAAUGUGACCUACGGUGGGGCGACAAACGUGGCCAGAGAGGGCACAGUGGUGCUCGAGGUGGUCGGCAGGAGCUCAGUCAAAAGGUCAGAGUGCCAGCAGAGGAGGGAGGCACACAUAGAAAUGCGCAUGUAGGUGUGUAUCCAUCUGAUGCGUGGUGCGGUGCCUGUGUGUGUCUGUGCAGUCGCGUGUCAGCAGAUUUGGUGGAGGAGGUGGCCGUCACAUUGGCCAGCAAGGUUGCUUCGGACGUCAAAAUGCAGAAGACCCGCCAGAUGCAGCUGUCCAAACAGCAGGAGGCUCUCGCACGGCUACAGAAUGAGCGUGAGAAGCAACAGCAACUCACGUAAGGGCACUCACAGCUCACACCCAUCCCAUCCCCAACACAUACAGACAUCCACACCACGCUUGCUUCAUGUGUGCGUGUUCAGUGCGGCUGAGCGCCAAGAGAUCCGGCGGCGUGCCCGUCUGAGUCGCUCGUCUGUCCGGUCAUCGGCCACGGCGAGUGGCGGCGGUACGAGGCGCGGUCCGUCGAGUGUGGUGAAGCAGUGAGGCUAGCCCCGCCCUGGGGAUGAGCGCCAUUAUGGCCUCACACAGGGUGGGUGACCCACUCGCUGACUGAGCUGCUUGUGCAUGGAAAUGAC